AAAAGACAGAACAGCAGUCAAGCAGUAUAGCAGACCAUCACAGAUACCACAAUAAAACAGUCAAGGACAUAGAGGAAAAUGAAUACUGCAGUAUAUGGAGUGUUUUUUGUAUGCCUGAGCAGUGCAUUGUUAGUAUGUGUUGGAUCCCAGCCUGUUGAUAGCAGCUCAACAAAUGAGAUUCAAAAUUUGGGUCGCCGUUACGCUGAAUCAACCAUUGCGAGUGACAUCAGUAAAAUUAUGGACUCCAUGGUUCAGAAGAACUUUGUAAACUUUCUGCUCAAUCAGCGUGAGAAGAAGAGCGAAGCAGCUAUGGUUGAUGAUCCAGACUACCAUAUCUUCAAUGACCUGCUGAAAAAAGAGAUCAUGGUGAGGGUUUACAAUAAAGGCGAUGGGUUUAAGAUUCAGUAAAGCCAUAGAAUUGCCCUGGAGAGCAGACCGAAUCCAGAUCUAAGCAAAAAAUCUACUGUACCAUAUAUUUUCUGAUAAUAUAUAAGAAAUCACAUGAU